AUGAUUAAAAUUUUAAUUAAUUUUUUAUUUUUAAUUUUUAUUUUGGAAUUAUUUAUUAAUUAUUUAAUUUUUGGAGUAAAUGCAAAUAAACACAGACAUCAUAAAAUUCGCCAUAGUAGAAGUCCUUCCCCCUCCUUUUCUCAUUUACUUUCAUCAUCUACACCAACAGAUUUUCAAUUUACAGCUCCAUUUUAUAAUUUAAGUAUUUUUGAAAAUUCUGUCGGUCAAAGGGCUAAUAUAGCUUUAAAUCCAUCAAAUGCCCAAAUGGUUGGGUGUUGGUUACCCAAAGGUUAUAACCAAAUACAAUUUAGAAUAACUCAAGGAGAUGAACAAAAUCGUUUUGGUGUUAAAAGUCAAAGAUUGGGUAAUUUUGCAUUUUUGUUGUUAGAAUAUAAAGAUCAAAUGGAUGUUCUAAAUAGAGAAUUACAACCAGAAUUUAAUUUAAUUAUUUUAGCUACAACAAAAAGAAGAAGGGGAUUAGCAUUAGAAUCUAUAGCUAAAAUAAAUAUUCGUGUAUUGGAUGAAAAUGAUAAUCCUCCAAUGUUUAAAGAAUUAAAUUAUUUUUUAAAUUUAAAUAUUUUACCUUUACCUUUAAAUUCUAAAAUAAUUAAAUUGGAAGCAUUUGAUGCUGAUGAAGGAUUAAAUGGAGAACUUUUAUAUUCUUUAGUUAAACCUUCCAAAUAUUUUUAUAUUGAACAAACAACUGGUUGGUUACGUACUUUUGCCUCUCUAGAUUCUCUUAAAUUACCAACAAAUAUUACUCUGGAAGUUAAAAUAGAAGAUAGAGCAUCUAGAUUACAAAAUUCAAAUAAAGAAUUAAAUUCUUUUUCCCCUCCAAAUUUAUUUAAUAUUAGAAAUAAAGCUUUUGUUGAAAUAGAAAUUUUGGAUGGAAAUGACAUGUUAAAACAACCAAAGCUAAUUUUUCGACAAAUUCACUUCCAACCAAUUUUGGAGCAUCCAAUUCCUGUUGCUUUAAUUGAAUUAUUUGAUAAAGACUUGCAAAACAAAGAAAAUAUAAAUAUUCAAUUAUCUCGAUUAAAUACACAAUUUAUUUGGAAUUGUGCUUGGAUUGAAAGAAUUAAUUUAAUACAAUUUGCUUUAAAUAUUUGUCCUCAAUUUCCCCGAGACCUUUUGGGAUUAGAAGAGACUUUAACUGUUAGAAUAAGUGUUAGCCGACAAAUAGAUUUAUUAAAUAGUAAAAGUAUUACUUUUGGUGAUCAAGAAUUUCAAAUAAAGAUGGACCCUUCAAUUGGUAGAAAAAUAUCAUUAAAUUCUGGAAAAUAUAUUGGAGAUAAUUUAAUAAUUAAUUUAAAUGAGUCAAUGCCUGUUGGGAGUGUUUUGUGGCAAUUUCAGGCAGAAAUAAAUAAUUUAACAAAUAAUUAUUUGGUUGAUAAAGGGAAAAUUAGAUUUAAACUUUUACGUCACCAACAACAACAAAAAUUCCCUUUCGAUUUAGACCAAUUAACUGGCCAAUUAAAAUUAAUUUCUUCUCUUGAUUAUGAAAAUCCUCUUCAUCAAAAACAAUUUAAUCUUUCUAUUGUCGCCCAAUUAGAAUUGGGAAAUUCAAAAAAAUCUUUAAAACUUCAAUCAACGCCUUUGGAAAUUAAAAUUAAUUUAAUAGAUUUUAAUGAUAAUUGCCCCGAAUUUUUAGAAAUUCCUUUAAAUAAUUUAAUUAUUCUUGAAGAAAAACAUUUAAAAUCGUUAACUCCAAAUGAUAAUAUUAUUUGGAAAGCUAAAGCAAGAGAUCAUGAUGAAGGAAAAAAUUCCGAAAUAAUUUACAAAAUAAUUGGUGAUAAUUGGCAAUUAUUUGAUUUACAUCCAUUUAAUGGAGAACUUCGAAUAAUUAAAGAAUGGCCUAAUAAUCAACAACAAAUUAAUAUAAAAAUAUUAGCAAUGGAUAGGGGAUGGCCUUUCUCCCAUCAAACACAAUUACCUUUAAUUAUCAAAAAAGAUGAUGGAAAAGAAAUUUCUGUCAGUCCAGAAAUUAUUCAAAAUACUUGCCAAAUGCCUAAUAAAUUUGCACCUGAAUUUUUAAUUAAAGAAAAUGAAAUAAUUGGGGAAAUAGAAGAAAAUGCUGAACAAAAUACUACAAUUGGUUAUAUUAAAGCAAAAGAUGAGGACAUAGGAAUUAAUGGUUAUAUCCAAUAUUUUUUAAUUUCUUCAACAAAUAAUUCAAAAAUAAAUUCUUUUAUCGGAAUUGAACCAAAUAAUGGAAGAAUAUUCCUUUUAUUUUCUUUAAAUGGAAAAUUGGGGGGAAAUGAAGGAAAUAAUUUUGAUUUCCCCAUUCAAAUAUUGGCAAUAGAUAUGGCUGUAAAUAAAGAAAAACAAAAGGGGACUAAAAAGGAAUUUAAAAUUAGAGUAAAACCUGGAAGAAGAAAUGAACAUUCACCUAUAUUCGAGCAUUAUUCAUAUCGAAUAGCAAUUCGAGAAGAAAACGCCCCCGGAACAGAAUUACUUCAACUAAAAGCAUUUGACCCUGAUUUGGGUGAUAAUGGAAGGAUUGAAUAUAAAUUAAUUGAAAAUAAUGAAAUAAAUAAAUUAAUUUCUGUUAAUUCUCAAAAUGGUUUAAUUAAAGCAAUUAAAUCUUUGGAUAGAGAAGUUUUGGGAGAUUUAAUUACUUUUAAUGUUCUGGCUUCUGAUUUUGGAAUUCCUCAACGUCAAACAUUAACAAAUAUAACUUUAAUACUCGAUGAUAUUAAUGAUCAACAUCCACAAUGUUCGAGAGAAAUUGAACAAUUUUAUAUUUUGGAAGAUUCUCCGAAUGGGCAAUUGGUUGGGUGUGUUGGUGCUUUUGAUAAAGAUUUACAAAAAAAUAGUGAAAUAAUUUAUAUUUUAAUGACUGAUAAAAAUAAAAAUAAAAUUCUUCCUUUCCGUUUGGAUGAAGAUACUGGAUGCUUAUUUGUAGAUUUGGAACAACAACAAACUUUAAAUUUUGAAAAACAAAAAGAAUAUCAAUUUAAUAUUAAAUUAAAAGACAAAGGAACUCCAACAUUAGAAUCUUUAAUUAAUUGUUUAGUUAAAAUUAAUUUAAUUAAAGUUUUUGACAAUUCAAGACUGGAUAAACCAAAAUUCUCAGAAAUUGCUUUAGAAGCUAAUAUUGAAGAAAAUUCUCCAAUCGGAACAGAAAUUUUACGUUUAAAUGCUGAAAUUGAAGAAGAAAAAGAAGGAAUAAUUAAAGGGAGGAAAAGAAGGCAACAUAAAAUAAAAAAAGAAAUUAAUUAUAAAUUGGUUGGGGGAAAUGGUUUUGGAUUUUUUGAAAUUAAUUCGAAAAAUGGAAGUUUAAAAACAUUAAAAGACAAACAACAAUUUUGGUUAACAAUUAGAGCAGAAUAUUUAAAUAAUUUAAAACAACAACAAACACAUCAACAUAUUUUAAUUAAAAUUUUAAAUCAAAAUGAUCGUUUACCUUUAUUUUCUAUGCCGUUAUAUAAGGCAAUAAUUAAUGAAAAUUGUGAAGAAAAUAAAGUUGUUUUAAAGGUAGAAGCAACAGAUGCAGAUGAACAACAAUCAAUUAAUAAAUUAGAAAAUUUAAUUAAAUAUUCAAUUAUAAAUGACAAUUCUCAACAACAAAAUUUUGUUAUUGAUGAAAAUACUGGUCAUAUAUUAACUGGAAAAAAUAAAUUAGAUAGAGAACUUCAAUCAGAAUAUUUGUUAACAAUUCGUGCUUGUGAUUUAGGUUUAUUAUGUUCAACUUCAAUUGUCCAAAUAAAUGUGGAAGACGAAAAUGAUAAUUUUCCAAUUUUUGAUUUAAAAUAUUUAUCUUCAUUAACGGCCCCGGCAAAUACUUUGGGAUUUUUAGGAAGAGUUUAUGCAAUAGAUAAAGAUUUUGGAAUUAAUUCAAAAAUUAAAUAUUGGAUAGAACCAAAAAAUGAAAAAAUUGAAAUUGAUGUAAAUGGACGAAUUUUUGCUAAAAUACCCUUAAAAGCUGGAACUUUGGUUGAAUUUGUUGUUUUUGCUGAGGAUGGGGGAAAUCCAAAAUUAAAGGGAAAUGCAAGUGUUAAAAUGCCUGUUUUGGAAAGAGCAAGUCGUUUAAGUGCCUCCAAUCGAGCCCCUUCCCUCAUAAACCCAGAAAAUUGGCGUGAAAUUAUUUUGACAGGAUUUGAAUCUUUGGGUUCUGUUAUUGGAACGAUAAAAGCAAAAGACGAAGAUGAUGACCCUCUUUGGUGGUCAAUUGAAGAUGAGAAUGGAGAAGAAGAUUCUCUUGCUCAAAAAUUCUUUGCUUUAAGAAAUAUUAAAGAAGGAGCUGAAUUAAUUUUAAUUGAAAAUAUUCAAGAAUUAAAUAAUAUUCAAGAAAUUAUUGUUAAAUUUUCUUUAAGUGAUGGAUUGGAUACAAUACACGAUAAAUUAAUAAUUCGAUUAGAAUAUUCAAAAGAAAAUAUAAAAUUUUUUGAAGAAGAAAUUAAUUUACAAAUAUUUAAUGAAAUGCCUAUUGGAUAUAUUUUAUAUAAACCCCAAUUAAUUAAUAACAAUAAAAUUUCAACAAAAUAUUUAAUUCAUUAUUUUUUACAUUUAAUUGAUGAUAUUAACGGUUUUGAUGAAGUAUUUCGUGUUGAUCCAAUAAAUGGAAAUGUUAUUUUGGCUAAACAAUUACCUCAACGUUUAGCUUCCCCUUUUACUUUAAUUAUUGGAGCUACAAUUUAUUCACAACAUCAAAAAUAUAAUAUUAGCGGCUUUUCUACUCUUCGAAUAAAUAGGGGAGAGGAAAAUGAAAAUUCUCCAAUGUUUAUUGAAUGUUAUGGUAAGGAAGAGGGUUAUUUGGAAAUUUUACUUGAAGGCGAUGGAAAUCCUGGAGAUUUAAUAUAUACUUUUGAGGCUAUUGAUCCAGAUAGAGGAAAUUCUGGGAAAGUAAAAUAUUCAUUAAUUUAUGAACAGAAAAAAUAUCAGAAGCUUUUUUCUUUGGAUGAAAUAACAGGAGAAUUGAGGUUAUUGAAAGGGUGGCCUAAAAAAUUGGAAGAAGUUAAUUUAUUAAUUCGAGCUUCUGAUUCUGGAAAAUUUCCUCGUUCAAGUGACUGCCAUUUAAAUUUAUUAGCACCAAAAUCUUUAAUUAUUUCCAAUCAAUUUCAACCAAAAUAUUUAAAUUAUUCAAUUAAUAAUUUUAAAAAAUAUUUUGGAAAAAUAAAUUCUUUAAUUUAUUCUCCAAAAAUUUUAAAUUAUUUAAAUAUUGAGGAAAAUGAGGAAAUUAAAAAUAAAAAAGAAAAUAAUUAUUUAAUUGAUACUUCUAAUUAUUAUUAUAAAAUAGAAAAAGAAGAAUGUCAACAAUUAUUGUCAAUACAUUUUUCUAAUGGAAAAUUAGUAUUUAAUGGUGCUUAUACAGACUUGAAUGAAUUAAAUUGUUCAAUAUAUUUAAAUUCGAGAGAAAAUGAAAAAAAUAAUAUUUUAAUUUAUAAUAUUUUUGUUAAUUUAAAUUCAACAUUUUUAUUUCCUUUUAUUUCAACAAUUAAUGAAACUUUUGACAAUAAUACUUUUAAUUCUUUAUUAUUAAAUGAAGAAAUAUUUACAACAACAACAACAACAACACUUUCAACUCUUUCAAUAAAUAAUGAAGAAAAAGAAAUUCAAUUUUUACCUUCUUCUGAAAUUUAUUUUGAACAAUUUUUAUUAGAGAAUAAUUUAGAAUCUUCCUCAAUUUUCAGUUUUCCUCAACAAAUAUAUAAUUUAAAUAUUCCUGAAGGACGUCCUUUAAUUAAUCAAACAAUUUUACUUUCACUUUGGCCUUUACAGAAUAAUUUAUUUGGAAAUAAAUUGAAAUUUAAAUUAAUUUUUAAUAAAUUCGAAGAAAUUAUUUUGGAACGUUUUUUUAAAUUAGACAAAGAUUUUGGGAUUUUGUGGUUAAUAGAUGAUGGAAAUCCUAUGCCAAAAAUUUUAUUUGACAGAGAAGAACAGCCACAAAUAUUAAUGGCUAUUAAAGUUUUUAAUGAAGUUAAAAAUCUGUCAGCUUUGUGUUUGGUAAAAAUUAAUUUAGAGGAUAUUAAUGAUAAUCCGCCAAUAUUUACUGAACAAAAAUAUAUAGCUAAUGUUUUUGAAGAUGCCCAAAUAGGUGAUCAAGUUCUUCAACUUAAUGCAAAAGAUGCUGAUUCUGGAAUUAAUGGAAUGGUUAUUUAUGAAUUGGAAGAUGAGGCUUCAAUCCCUUCAUUUAUUCAAUUAAAUAAAUCUGACGGCCGUCUAUUAAUUUCUUCAGCAAUUUCUCAAAAACAAAAACAACAAAAAAUAUUUAAUUUUAAUGUUUUUGCUAUUGAUAAAGGAAUACCUUCACUUUCAAGCCUUCCAAUACAAAUAAAUUUAAAAAUUGUUGAUGCCCAAAUACCAAUAUUUUCAGCAAAAAUAUAUCGAGUAGAAAUGGCAGAAAUGACUGAAAAGAAAAUUUAUCCUUCUCCUUUACUUCAAUUAAAAGCAGAAAUUCCAAACAGAAAUUUAUCAAAAAUUGGUUACAAAAUUAAAAAUGCAAAAAUAAGUAAUGGAUUAUUAAAUAAUGAAGAAGAUGGAGGGAAUGAGGAUUAUUUAAAAUUAUUUAAUUUGGAUUUUGAUUUUGGACUUUUAUUUAUUUUAAAUUCAUUACCAACUUCCAACAAUUCAAAACAAUUAUUUAUUAAUUUAACUGUCGAAGCUUUUGCUGAAGCUUCUAAAAAUUCAGGAAUUGCUAAUGUACUUGUUAGACUUCCACAAAAAUUAAUUCCAACAAUUUCUUUUAAAUAUCCAAUAUUUAAAUGGAAUAUUUUUGAAAAUUCUUCUGUUGGAACAUUUAUUGGAAAAUUAGAAUUAUUAAAUAAUAAUAAUCCUUCUUUGCCAGUUAAUUAUUCUUUAUUAAUAAAUAAAAAUCAAAGAAAAAUCCCUUCAAUUAUUUCAAUUCACCCAACAAACGGCGAAGUUUAUUUGGCUAAUUUAAUUGAAGAUAAAGAAAAAAUAUAUGAAUUUAAUGUUUUGGCUUUGAUUAAAUUGGAAAAUGGAAAUGUUGAAAGUUGUGAAGGAUUAAUUCAAAUUAAUGUUAUUUUUGGAGGGAAAAAGGAAGGAGGAGAAGGAGAAAAAGGAAAGUCAAAAGAAAAAGAAGAAGUCCCUUUUGUGGAUAUUCCUAAUCAAUUUAAUUUAAAUUCCAAUCGAGAAUUAAAUACUCCAAUACCAACAUUCAAACCAGAGGAAAAGAAAGAAAAUUUUGUGGAAAAUAAUUUUUUGUUAAAUAAUUUUGUGCGAAGGCCUCUUCCUCCCCCUUCUAUUCAACAAAAUAUUUCAAAAAUGUUGAAAAAAGAAGAAACAAAUAUUAAAAAUGGACAAGUAUUGAAUGAAAUAUUAUUAAAUACAAAUAAUAAUAACAAUGAUUGGCUACAACAAUUUGUUGAUUCUAAUCGCUUAAUUCUUUUACUUCUUCCAACUUGUUUAUUGUCUUUAGCUUUAAUUUCUUUUUCUUUUUUUAUUUGUUGUCGGUAUUGUCAAAGAAAAAACAAAAAUAAUUUAAAUAAUCGAAAACAACGAAAGUCAAUUAAAAAUAAAAGAAAUUUUGGUGGAGGAGGGACAACAACAUAUUCUGGUUCUUUUACUAGAGGAACUAUUGAAUUUCCAAGUCGGCGACAAACACCUGAUCCUGCUUGCAAUCCUUUAGUUCCUCGAAAAACAACUGCUAGCCAAGUAAUUGCCGACCAACAACCCCCACCUCCACGUCCACCUCGCUAUAGACGUGAUGCUCAUGGAACGGCAGCUCUUCCAACUGUGGAAGUUAAACCAAUGCAUAGAAUACAACAAAAUAAACCAACAACAAUUAUCGACAAUAUUUCAUUAAAAUCUAAUCAAACAACUCAAAGCAACAAUCAAUUAAAUAAUUCUUCCUCUCCCUCAAUACCAAAAAGAAGAACAUCUGGAAGUACUGGGGGAAUACAAAAAAGAAGAAAAAAAGAAAAUAUUUUGAAUGUUCCAGAGCCUCCCCCAAGACAUUCUUCGGGGGAUUUGGUGGCAAUUAAAGAAAAAGAAAUAAAUAAAAAUGCUCAACUUUUAUUACAUUCAUUUGGACGUCCUUUAAAUUCAGAAGAAUUAAAUAAUAAAAUUUUAGAAGAAGAACAACAACAAAAUAAUAACAAUAAUAAUAUACAAAUUAAAAAUAAAAAACAAAAAAAUAUCAAUUCUGAUACUUCUACAAAUAUUGUUGGAACAUCUACUUCUUCUGAUUAUCUUACAAUGAAACCUGUACAUAGAGCUAAACCUUUUAAAUUAGGAAAUGAAAUAGAAAAAGAAUCUCUUCCUCUUCCCCCUCCCCCACCCCCACCUCAACAUAGAACAACAACUAAAUUAUAUGAUUGUCCAAUUGAGACAAAUAUAGAUUCUGAUGAAAAUGAAGAAAUUGAAGAAAAAUAA